ACAUCCCUGGCUGGUGAAUAAUUAAGCUGCCACCUCCUCCUCGACCGGCCCUCCAUCUCCGGGUCCCACUCUGCAGCCUCCUCCACUGCCCGCCGAGCCGUGGGCAUUGGAGAGUACAGACCCCAGCGCUCCCAGCCCUGCCAGCACCACCAGCCUCCUGCUCUGCGUCCAGGCGCAUCCAUCCAUGGCCCCCGAGAUGGACCAGUUCUACAGGUCCACCAUGGCCAUCUACAAGAGUAUCAUGGAGCAGUUCAACCCCGCCCUGGAGAACCUGGUGUACCUGGGAAACAACUACCUGCGGGCAUUCCACGCUCUGUCCGAGGCGGCCGAGGUGUACUUCAACGCCAUCCAGAAGAUCGGGGAGCAGGCCCUGCAGAGUUCCACCUCGCAGAUUCUGGGUGAGAUCCUGGUGCAGAUGUCGGACACGCAGCGGCACCUGAACUCUGACCUGGAGGUGGUGGUGCAGACAUUCCAUGGAGACCUGCUGCAGCACAUGGAGAAGAACACCAAGCUGGACAUGCAGUUCAUCAAAGACAGCCGCCAGCACUACGAGAUGGAGUACCGCCACCGAGCCGCCAACCUGGAGAAGUGCAUGUCAGAGCUAUGGCGUAUGGAGCGCAAGAGAGACAAGAACGCACGGGAGAUGAAGGAGAGCGUGAACCGGCUGCAUGCGCAGAUGCAGGCCUUCGUGUCUGAGAGUCAGCGGGCAGCUGAACUGGAAGAGAAGCGGCGCUAUCGCUUCCUGGCCGAGAAGCACCUGCUGCUUUCCAACACCUUCCUGCAGUUUUUUGGCCGGGCGCGGGGGAUGCUCCAGAACCGGGUGCUGCUGUGGAAGGAGCAGUCGGAGGCCAGCCGCAGCCCGUCGCGUGCCCACUCCCCGGGCCUGCUGGGCCCCGUGCUGGGGCCGCCCUACCCCUCGGGCCGCCUGACGCCCACCCGCCUGGACAUGCCCCAGCGGCCCCUGGGAGAGUUCGGCUCCCCCCGCAGCCGGCACGGCUCCGGCUCCUACGGCCCCGAGCCCACCGAGGCGAGGUCCCUGCCGCGGACGCCGUCCGCCUCCUCGCUCUACGGCAGCAGCACCCAGCGCUCGCGCUCCAACUCUUUUGGCGAGCGCCCGGGCGGCGGGGGCGGCGGCGGCGGCGCCCGGAGGGUCCGCGCCCUGGUCUCCCACUCGGAGGGUGCCAACCACACGCUGCUGCGCUUCUCGGCCGGAGACGUGGUGGAGGUGCUGGUGCCGGAGGCCCAGAACGGCUGGCUCUAUGGCAAGCUGGAGGGCUCAUCCACGAGCGGCUGGUUCCCCGAGGCCUAUGUGAAGCCUCUGGAAGAACUGCCCAUGAAUCCCAUGAAACCUUUGAACCCCGUGACCUCCAUGAAGCCCAUGAACGCUGUGAACCCCGUUGCCUCCACGAACCCCGUGAGCCCUAUGAAUGCGCUGCCUUCCAGGUCCUACCCGCUCCGGGGCAGCCAAAGCCUUGAUGACCUCCUGGACCGGCCGGGUAACUCCACAGCACCCUCCGAGUACUGGGAUGGCCAGUCCCGCUCCCGAACCCCCAGCGGGGUCCCGAGCCGCACCCCCAGCCCCGUACCUACACCCCUGCCUGGCAGCCGCCGAGGUAGCAUGGGCAGCAUGGGGGCGGCCAGUGAUGGCAAGAAACUUACGUCCUGGGAGCAGCAACCCCCAGAGCUCUUCCCUCGGGGCACGAACCCCUUCGCCACCGUAAAGCUGCGUCCCACUGUCACCAACGACCGCUCAGCGCCCCUUAUCCGCUGAGGCGCCAUCCUCCACCAGGGGUCUGAGGUCGUCUCCUGCACACCUGCCCAAGGGCUGCCCAGAGCUGGCGGCAGCAGAAGCAGCAGCAGUGGAUCCAAGAAGCCAGGGCCCCGAUCCGGGAGGUGGCUGCCCUUCCACAAACCACGCCCCGGCCUGAGAAGUUCCAAGGGCGCUGGCCUGGGGUCUGGGGCCUUCCAAAUAAAGCAGGUGGAAUUGGGGGACAGAGCCAUUUCUCCCCACUCCAAGGAGCCCCAGACUCUCCCUGGGGGGCCCACCUCGUGUCCCCCACCCUCUUUCCUCCUUCUGUGUCCCAGUGGGGAGGAGUCCCUUACACGCCCCCUCCCCUGCCCCGCACACGUCCCCCUGUUUAAUUUUUGUAAACAGUGAGAAAUAAAGCAAGUGAGAUAUGACGGCG